UGUCAAGCAUGAUGUACAACCCAGGCUCGUCUUACGAGGGAUACAUCUACCCUGCCUGGCUGAAAGACCUGGUGCUUGGCCUGGCUCUGGCGGGCUUUGGCUUUGUGCCAGUGUACGCCGUGGCCUCGUUCGUGUCGAGUAGAUGGGAGCCCACGAUGUGCCUGAUGCCAUCUAUGCGCUGGGGCCCGAACCGGGACGCCCACGUCGAGUGCCAGUACAUGGAGAGGCUGCGGCGUCAGUGCGUCACAGACUGGUCCGCAGGCUGGACGCCGGCGAAGGGCGAGCCUGUUCUAAACAAGGCGGCACUGCUGCCUUCCAUGUCUUCCACGCUCUCGCCGCUUCCAGACCAAGUCCGAGCAGCCGCUGGAGCCGUGCCAGCGGAUGCCAGCGCCCUUUCGAACAGCAAGCCUCCCACAUUGCCUUUCCCGGCCACGUAAGGGUGGCAGCACGACCUGAUGCUGUUAAGUGUAGCUGGAUCGAUUGAGAAAUAGCGACCCACAUGGUUGGAGCAGGGAAUUACAAAACGAGAGCUCAGAAAUGUGCUUUCGCAAUUUACUGGUCAGAGGGAACCAACAGAGGCUUUCAUAAGUGACAUGCUGGAGGUUCGUGGCAAAAAUUGCCCUCCACCUAAAA